AUGAGUGAAAAUAUGAACGAUCAAUUAUAUAUUCCUCAAGUUACAAAUGACCGAAAGCCAGAAAUUGGAAUGAAAUUUGAAUCAAUAGAUGAUGCGUUUGAACUCUAUAAUCAGUAUGCACGUGAAGCUGGUUUUAGUGCAAGAUACAGCAGAAAAGAUAAGAUGACAAACGAAGUUGUUUGGAAACAAUUUGUAUGCUUUAAAGCUGGUCAAACAGAUGAAGCUCGUUCAAAAAAUCGAGCACCAGCUGGUCGUCCGAUUCAGAUAAGAGCUCGUGGUGACGUUAGAACUAAUUGUAAGGCAAAGAUUUCCAUUGUCAAGCAACAAACUGGAUCUGACUGGAGUGUUAGCGUCUUUAUGGAAGGUCAUAAUCAUGGACUCUCUACUCCGUCAAAGGUGCAUUUACUCCGAUCACACCGUAGUGUUUCUGAUGUGAAGAGAGUGUUGACUCAACAAUUUUCAGAAGCUAAUAUACCAACCUGUCAACAAAUGCAACUGUUGGAGAUGGAGUCUGGGGGGCCCGAAAGUGAGAAAAAUUCAUCAUUUUUCUUUGACUAUGAGACAGAUUCAGAUCAUAUAUUCAAAAGAUGUUUUUGGGAAGAUCCUAAAUCAAAGAGGGCUUAUGGAGCAUUUGGUGAUGUUGUUGUAUUUGAUUCCACUUAUAACACGAAUAAGUAUGGAAUGAUUUUUACACCUUUCGUAGUAGGGGUUAAUCAUCAUCAUCAAACGAUAGUUUUUUGUUGUGGAUUUCUAAGUGAUGAGAAGACAGAAUCAUAUAUUUGGUUGCUUAAUAAGUUUAUGGAAGCUAUGCCAAGUGAUGCACCAAAAGCAAUCAUUACUGAUCAAGAUCCUGCUAUGACGAAAGCACUUGCACAAGUUUUGCAAGAAACAGUGCAUCGUUAUUGUUUGUGGCACAUAUUGAACAAAUUUCCAGACAAGAUUUCUCCAGUGACUUUCCGAUAUCAUUAUCAGAGCAUAAAGAAUGUUAUUAAAAAUUCAACAUCUCCUGAGGAAUUUGAGAAUGGAUGGGAAGAGGCCUCUACCAGAGAUGAUAUUGUGAUUUACAAUGUGAUGAGUUUCCAAAGUAGUUCGUCCUCAAAACCAAGGCUACUGAUGCAUGAUAAAAAUAGUGACCAUAUCUCAUGUAAUUGUGGGAAAUUUGAGUUUGAUGGUAUUCCGUGCAGACAUAUGCUAGCUUUCUUCCGUGUCAACCAAAUAUUUGAACUACCUGACAAGUAUAUCCUUAAGCGAUGGAUACGAGAAGCAAAGAAUGGUGUUGCUUAUAUAUUAGAUUAUGAAAACUGCAAUGAUGAUCCAACAAGAUUUUUGAUCUCACGACGAGCCAAGUUAUCUUAUAAGGCAUCAACACUAAUUGAUUAUGCAUCUUUGAUUGACGAGGGGACAAAGUUUUUGGAUGAACAACUUUAUUACAUACAUGGUAAAAUCAAGGAGAUGGGUAUUAGUCCAACAACUAUGCACGAAAGUCAAACAAGGAAGAGCUUAGAUAAAACCAAAACCAUUGGUGAACCUUCUAAGAUAAGAUCAAAAGGAUGCGGUAAGCGAAUGUUAUCAUCAAAAGAGAAGUCAAUUUUUUAA